CGCGCGCCGCCAGCGACCCCAGCCACAGAGUCCCACCGCCACAGGCCUCGGGCCAGCAGCCAGGAGCUGCCUCCCCCAGCCCCCGUCCUGCAGCCCCCAGCUGCCCCCAACCCCGCCCCACGGGCCCGGCGCCAUGAGUGAGCUGGAGCAAUUGAGACAGGAGGCCGAGCAGCUCCGGAACCAGAUCGGGGAUGCCCGAAAAGCAUGUGGGGACUCAACACUGACCCAGAUCACAGCUGGGCUGGACCCAGUGGGGAGAAUCCAGAUGAAGACCCGGAGGGCCCUCCGUGGGCAUCUGGCAAAGAUCUAUGCCAUGCACUGGGGGACCGACUCAAGGCUGCUGGUAAGCGCCUCCCAGGAUGGGAAGCUCAUCAUCUGGGACAGCUACACCACCAACAAAGUCUAUGCCAUCCAGCUACGCUCCUCCUAAGUCAUGACCUGUGCCUACGCGCCCUCAGGGAACUUUGUGGCCUGUGGGGGUUUGGACAACAUCUGCUUCAUCUACAACCUCAAGACCCGAGAGGGCAACGUCGGGGUCAGCCGGGAGCUGCCUGGCCACACUGGGUACCUGUCGUGCUGCCGCUUCCUGGAUGACAAGCAAAUCAUCACCAGCCCUGGGGAUACCACCUGUGCCCUGUGGGACAUUGAGACAGGCCAGCAGACAGUGGGUUUUGCUGGACACAGUGGGGAUGUGAUGUCCCUGGCCCUGGCCCCUGAUGGCCGCACGUUUGUGUCAGGAGCCUGUGACGCCUCUAUCAAGCUGUGGGACGUUCAGGAUUCCAUGUGCCGACAGACCUUUAUCGGCCACGAAUCUGACAUCAACGCCGUGGCUUUCUUCCCCAACCGCUACGCCUUUACCACUGGCUCUGAUGAUGCCACGUGCCGCCUCUUCGACCUGAGGGCCGAUCAGGGGCUCCUCAGGUACUCCCACGACAACAUCAUCUGUGGCAUCACCUCUGUUGCCUUCUCUCACAGCGGCUGGCUGCUGCUUGCUGGCUAUGACGAUUUCAACUGCAACAUCUGGGAUGCCAUGAAGGGCGACCGUGCAGGGGUCCUCGCUGGCCGCCACAACCGCGUGAGCUGCCUCGGGGUCACUGAUGAUGGCAUGGCUGUGGCCACGGGCUCCUGGGACUCCUUCCUCAAGAUCUGGAACUAAUGGCCCCACUCCUGCUGGGCCCAGGCCGGGAGGGACCCUGCCCAAGCCCACACUACAGUCCAGGGCUGUGGGGCUGGGGGCACUCCCAGUCCCAUUCUCUGGGCCACAGGCCCUCAGGUCCCUGCCCUCCCACCCAGGUUUGGUUCCUCCUGGGGGCCCCCAAUGUAGAGAUAAGGGGAUGGAAUAGGGGGAAGAGGAGGGGCAGGAGGCCCUCAUCCUUCUGCUGCCCUGGGGUUGGGGCCUCACCCUUCUGGACGGCCAGAGGCAGGAGGUGAAAACCCCAGGGGCUGGCUUUUUAAAAACUGGUUUUAUUUUAAUUUUUAUUAUAUUUUCAGUUUUUCCAUAAAGGAGCCAAUUCCAACUCAAAAAAAAAAA